GUCUUUUAUAAAUCGAAAAAGACGCCGGCUAAAGAAAAAAAAAAUAGAAAACGUUUUAGCGAAAAAUAAUUAAACGAACGAGAAGUUGAAUUAUAAAACGGCAAAAUGUCUUUCAAGGGCAACCCCAAGGUGCAAAAGGUGAUGGUGCAGCCCAUCAACCUGAUCUUUCGAUACCUGCAGAGUCGCUCGCGCGUCCAAGUGUGGCUCUUUGAGAACAUUUCGCUGCGCAUCGAGGGCCACAUUGUUGGCUUCGACGAAUACAUGAACCUGGUGCUGGAUGAUGCCGAGGAAGUGUACGUAAAGACGCGCCAACGCAAGACUCUGGGUCGCAUUAUGCUCAAGGGAGACAACAUAACGCUGAUACAGAAUGUUAACCCCUCCAAGGAUUAAUCUGCACUCCAACAACAACAACUGCCUCUACUAAUUACAUAUGUAUACAUAAGGAAUUUA